CAAGUAAGAGUAAGUUCAUUGGCAACACCUCCCUUCAACAUUCUCAAGCUUGCUUUCCAAGUUAUCUGAUAUCUUCCUUUUCUUCCCUUUUGAAGCAUACAUCCAUCAAAAACAACAAUGGCUAUCCGCCUGCCUCGUAUGGUUAGUUCUAAGAAGGUUCCCAAGGGAUACUUUGCAGUUUAUGUUGGAGAAAGCCAGAAGAGGUUCGUGAUACCGGUAUCAUUCUUGAACCAUCCUUCAUUUCAAGAUUUGCUAGGGAAGUCAGAAGAAGAGUUUGGAUAUAGUCAUCCUACCGGGGGUCUCACAAUUCCAUGCAACGAAGACACCUUUGUCGAAGUUACCUCUCGCAUGUAUUGAUCGUGAGAUGAUUAACACAAACCAGUCAAUACAAUUUUGUAAAGCAAAGAUCACUAAUACAUGUAAACAUUUUUUUCUCCAUCCAUUGUCUUGGGGAGCUGAUAUAUAAGUCACCCCAAGUGGAAAACUAAAGAUGGUGAUUACUGUAACACUCCUAUCAAUUCAGUAAUUACAGUUCCGAACGCAUCAUUCAGUUGUCA